AUGGCGGCCCCCCUUGGGCCCUGGCAGCAGCGGCGCCCGCCCCUCUUGCGCCAGGCCAUCAAGAUAAGGCGCCGCAAGGCCCGGGACCUGCAAGAACCCCUGCCCCAAAGCGCCCCCGAGCGGGACCUGCUCUAUGAGGAAGCCGUGUACAGUGUCCUCCACCGCCUGGGGCAGCCUGAACCCCAGCAUGUCUCCCAGGCCUCCCAGUUGCUGCAGUACCUGCAGGAGGCCUUCCACCUGGAGCCCGAGGAGCACCAGCAGAAGCUGCGGGCGGUGCAGGAGCUGGAGAAGCCGAUCUUCUGCCUGAAGGCUACGGUGAAGCAGGCCAAAGCCAUCCUGGGCAAGGAUGUGAGCGGCUUCAGUGACCCCUACUGCCUACUGGGCAUCGAGCAGGGGCUGGGCACACCGGGGGGCAGCCCGGGCACGCGGCGCCGGCAGAAGGCCGUGGUCCGACACACGAUCCCGGAGGAGCAAAUGCACCGCACCCAGGUCAUCAGCCAGACACUCAACCCUGUGUGGGAGGAGACCUUCAUCCUGGAGUUUGAGGACAUAAACACCUCGAGUUUCCACCUGGACAUGUGGGACCUGGACACGGUGGAGUCGGUCAGACAGAAGCUGGGCGAGCUAACGGACCUGCACGGGCUGCGCAGGAUGUUUAAGGAGGCCCGGAAGGACAGAGGCCAGGAUGACUUCCUGGGAAACGUGGUCCUCAGGCUGCAGGACCUGCACUGCCGGGAGGACCAGUGGUACCCCCUGGAGCCGCGCACCGAGACUUACCCAGACCGAGGCCGGUGCCACCUCCAGUUCCAGUUCAUUCACAAGCGGAGAGCCACUGUGGCCAGCCGGUCUCAGCCCAGCUACAAGGUCCACCUCCGCCUGCUGCAGCAGCUGGUGUUCCAUGAGGGCAUGCAGCACCAGGCCGGCAGUUCCUCCUGGGAUGGGUCACUGAGCGCCGAGGCCACCACCAUCCUCCAUCUGCAUGCCACCCAGAAGGAUCUGUCUGACUUCCACCAGUCCAUGGCGCAGUGGCUGGCCUACAGUCGCCUCUACCAGAGCAUGGAGUUCCCCAGCAGCUGCCUCCUGCUCCCCAUCACUAGCAUGGAGUACCAGUGGAUCCAGGGCCGGCUCAAGGCGGAGCAGCUGGAGGAGCUGGCCACCUCCUUCAGCUCACUACUAGCCUACGGCCUCUCCCUCAUCCGGAGGUUCCGGGCCGUCUUCCCACUGUCCGUCUCGGACUCCCCGGCGCGGCUGCAGUCGCUGCUCAGGGUGCUAGUGCAGAUGUGCAAGAUGAAGGCCUUUGGAGAGCUGUGCCCCAACAGUGCCCCCCUCCCCGACCUGGUCACCGAGGCCCUGCGGACUGGCACCAUCGAGUGGUUCCACCUGAAGCAGGAGCAGCACCAGCCUAUGGUGCAGGGCAUGCUAGAGGAGGGCAAGGCCUUGCUGGGCCUGGUGCAGGACAUCGCUGGGGACCUGCACCAGUGCCAGCGCACGUGGAACAAGAUCUUCCACAACGUCCUCAAGAUCGACCUCUUCUCCAUCGCGUUCCUGGAGCUGCAGUGGCUGGUGGCCAAGCGGGUACAGGAAUACACGGAGGAGGUGGGCAGCCCCGUGUCCCCGGAGAUGGGCGAGAGUCUCUUCCAGCUGUACGUCAGCCUCAAAGAGCUUUGCCAGUUGGGCCCAGCACCCUCAGAGAGGGAUGGAGUCCUGGCCCUGGAUGGCUUCCACCGCUGGUUCCAGCCAGCCAUCCCCUCCUGGUUGCAGAAGACCUACAGCGUGGCCCUGGCCCGAGUGCAGCGUGCAGUGCAGAUGGACCAGCUCGUGCCCCUUGGCGAACUGACCAAGCACAGCACCUCGGCGGUGGACCUGUCCAUUUGCUUUACCCAGAUCAGCCACACCGCCCAGCAGCUGGACUGGCCCGACCCAGAGGUGGCCUUCAUGAUCACUGUCAAGUUUGUGGAGGACACAUGCCGACUGGCCCUGGUGUACUGCAGCCUAAUAAAGGCCCGGGCCCGGGAGCUGUCUGCAGGCCAGAAGGACCAGGGCCAGGCGGCUGACAUGCUGUGCGUGGUGGUGAACGACAUGGAGCAGCUGCGGCUGGUCAUCGGCAAGCUGCCCUCACAGCUGGCCUGGGAGGCCCUGGAGCAGCGGGUGGGGGCAGUGCUGGAGCAGGGCCAGCUGCAGAAUACGUUGCACGCGCAGCUGCAGGGCGCGCUGGCCGGGCUCAACCACGAGAUCCGCACCGGCGUCCGGACCCUGGCUGAGCAGUUGGAGGCGGGCAUCGCCCAGCACAUCCAGAAGCUGGUGGGCGUCAGCGAGUCGGUCCUGCCCGAGGAUGCCAUUCUGCCCCUCAUGAAGUUCCUGGAGCUGAAGUUGUGCUACAUGAACACCAACUUGGUACAGGAGAAUUUCAGCAGCCUCCUGACCCUACUCUGGACACAUACUCUCUCGGUACUGGCGGAGGCAGCCACCUCCCAGCGCAGCUGCCCCCUGGCCUCGGGCAGGCUGAAGUUGGCGCUGCAGAGCCUGGAGGUCUGCUUCUAUGCAGAAGGCUGUGGCCUGCCACCCGAGGCCCUGCACACUGACACAUUCCAGGCUCUGCAGAGGGACCUGGAGCUGCAGGCGGCCUCCAGCCGGGAGCUCAUCCAGAAAUACUACUGCAGCCGCAUCCAGCAGCAGGCCGAGACCAUCUCAGAGGAGCUGGGGGCGGUCACCCUCAAGGCCUCCUACCGGGCAUCAGAGCAGAAGCUGCGGGUGGAGCUGCUCAGCGCCUCCAGCUUGCGACCUCUGGACAACAACGGCUCCAGUGACCCCUUUGUUCAGCUGACCUUGGAGCCCAGGCACGAAUUCCCCGAGCUGGCCCCCCGGGAAACCCAGAAGCACAAGAAGGAACUUCAUCCGCUAUUUGAUGAGACCUUUGAGUUCCUGGUGCCCGCCGAGCCAUGCCAGAAGGCUGGAGCCUGCCUGCUGCUCACGGUCCUGGACCACGACACACUGGGCACAGACGACCUGGAGGGGGAGGCCUUCCUGCCACUGGGUGCCGUGCCGGGCCUAGCCGGGCCAGACGAGCCUGGUGAGGUGCCACAGACCCGCCUGCCCCUCACCUACCCAGCCCCAAACGGGGACCCCAUUCUGCAGCUCCUGGAAAACCGGAAGAGCGACCGCGAGGCCCAGGUGUUUGUGAGGCUGCGGCGCCAGCGGGCCAAGCAGGCCUCCCAGCACACAGCGCGGCCGUAA